ACAGUGGACUCCGAUGAACUGGGCAGUUGAUCAGGGCAGAUCUGACUGCACAAGUAACCUGAACUAGACUGAACACUGAGUUUUUCGUGACGACACACGGUCAUACUGCAAGAAGACGCCAGAAAAGAUGUCUGUGUUUGUUGUGAUGUGUCUGGCGGCCAUCGCCAUAACCUCAACCACUGGGAUGCCUCUUCCUUUGAAACGAGACCUGACCGAUUCAAGCAAACAAAUCCUGGAUGUUUUAAGACAGGCGUCCAAGUACGACAAGCUGGCCAAGUUUAGUGUCAACUUCUACCAGACCAAAGACCAGAGUCUGCUUAGAAACGCGUUUGAUCUGGUGGACACUGAUGGUGACGGUAAGCUGUCGUAUGAUGAACUGCUGUAUUCUCCUUACGUUUUGUCACUACGAGUGUGUGGUAACGAUGGGGACGAUGAAGAUGGCGAGGAGCAGCAAGAGUUGAACAUCCUGAAGUGCGACCAGCAGAUCCUGGUGCAUUGUGGGAACGUGCUGGUGGACAGUAUCGUGGCGAAAGACGAAACUACCGUCUGUACAGCUUUUGCGACUCAUGCCAAAUGCAUCGAUGACGACAUCAACAAGAUCCUGAGCAACUCCAGCGCCUGUGACCUGGACAGAGUUAUAGAGUACCAGGAGUCCCUGUCUGAGAUCAUCCGCUUCUAUGAGGAACUCCAAGUCUGCUCCUCGGGGUUCGUCAAAGACCUGGGAGACGAAGCAAAGUUCGAGGAAGAGACGGCAGAAGAACUGGAGGAGGAUGUGAAGGCGGUGAUGGAGGACCAGAGGUGGGAGGGGGGCGGCGGGAUGAGCGGAGAAGACUGGAGAAUGCAGGAGGAGAUGACAGAACAGGAUGAGGCCGUCAUGGAGGACGAAAUCAAGGAGAUACAAGAAGAAGAGGCAGAGAUCAGGAAAGAAGAGGAAGAAGUAAAGAAGGAAGCACAACAGAAUCCGAACGACAAGUAUUUGCUUGAAGAGGAACAUGGGCUGGAGAUGGAAGAGGAAGAAAUGGAGGAGCAGGAAAUGGAGAUGAAAAUGGAAGAAGAAGAGAUGAAGAAAGAAGAGGAGCAAUACAAGGCAGAGGAAGAGCAGAUGAUGAAGGAUGUUACCAUCGCUCCCGGUGCGGAGUGUUCCAUGGACGUGCUCCGUCCGUGUGUGGACACCUUCGUCAGCGCCGUGGGAUCACGUGCCCCCUGGUGUGACGUCAUGGACGCCCAUCUGACCUGCCUACAGAACGCUAAGAAAAACUGCAGCUUCUCAGCACAUCUCGCGGCGUAUCGGUUCGGCUUUAUGAACAUGGCGUCCGCGUACCUCGAGGCCGGCCUGUGCCCUGCCUCCACCUUCAGCAACCUGGAGGAGGACGCGGUCUUCGACCAGCUGGAGGACAUGAGAGAUGGCAUCUACUACCCGGGCAAGACCCAGGAGGAGGAGGAGGAGAGAGAGAUGGAGAGAGAGGACAUGGAGAUGGAGAGAGAGAUGGAGAGAGAGAGAUUCGAGGAUGAGAGAGAGGAGAGAAUGCAGGAGAGGAUGAUGGAGGAGCAAAGGAUGAGUCAGGAGGCCAUGAUGCGGGAUGAGGAAAUGAUGCGAGAGGAAUUCCGGCAGGAGAGUGCAGCUAGUCCCCAGGCGGCAGCACAAGACGGCCGGGCCAGGUCCAGCGGCACUACUCUGCACGGCAGUGUGAUCAUCCCUCUAACUGCUCUCACUGUCCUCCAUAUGACUUAAGGAAGCGUUUUAUUAGAA